AUGGAUGGUGGUGAUAACAAGAUGUUUGAUAAUUCUGAAAGAGAAAGUCAAAGCUCUCCAAGUCCCCAUGCCUUCAGUGGGGAAGAGUUUGAGAGUGGUAGCCAUAAUGAAGACUUGGGUACUGAUGGGGAAAGUACUGGGUCUGAACGUGUGGUGGAAGGGCUGAUAGUGGAGGGAAAUAGGGUUGGGGGAGAAGAGCAGUCAAGGAGUUCUGGGGGCGAAGCUUAUAGGGAAAUGCAAAGGAACUAUGUGACCCUAGAAGCUUGUGCAAACCGGGUGUUGGGGAUAACCCAGGCACCAGAGGCUAGUGCAAGUGGGCGAGCGUGGCCAUCGGGGUGUGGUACGGUGGUAGUAGCAUCCGCCGAUGUGGGCAUUCCAAUAGGGGUUCCACUACCGAAGAAAAAUAUGAUGAGUAUGUAUGAUCUAAAGUCACUGAAGGCAGAUUAUGCUAUACCUGAGUGUGUGGGGCUGAGGUUGCCCAUACCUACUGAAGCGGCAAGAUACCCUCCCGAGGGUUGCGUUAUGGUGUUCUCAGCCAUGUACAAACAUGGAUUGAGGUUACCAUUGCAUCCUUGGGUGCAAAUGAUGCUUUCCAGAUUGGGCUAUGCCCUUGGGCAGUAUAAUCCCAACUUCUGGUGUAUACUGCACCGGGUGUACAUAGCAUGGUGGUUGGCGAAGCGAAGGGAGCCCUCCUUUGAGCAGUUCAUGCAUCUGUACUCAGUGUCUAGGCAACAGGGCAACUUUGGCUGGGUGCAGGUCAACUGUCGAAAGGCGAAGGAGAGAGGAUACUUUAUAGGGCAACCACCAUCGUCGCAGAAGACGUGGCGAAAUCGGUGGUUCUUUGCCUUUGGUGGUUCUGUGAAAUGUAGGCCAGUGUCCAGGGAGGAAGAGGAAGAGAUAGAGCUGGUGAGGAGACAGGUGCCCCAGGAAGCGCGUGAGCUGAAGAAUAUUGUGACACCAGCUCUUCUUCUACAGUCAGGGUUGCUUCAAGGAAUGGCUGAGGUGCCGAAGAAGGUGGUGACCGUGGUUGAGAAUUCACCGAAAGUAGUGGUGGAUCCGCAGGAGGAGAGGCAACGAAAGUUGCAAGAGAGAAGAGAGAAAGAUAGGGCCAAUAGGGCCAAGAAGCAGGCAAAGAGGGCACCCAGUACAGCCGAGGGGACAACAGCCCGGGCUGCUGGAAAGCGGCCUUGGCAGGAGGAUGAUGAGCUGUUGGCGGAGCUGGAGAAGAAGCGGAGGGGGCUUGAGUCUUCGAUCCAUGACGUCAUGGGUGGAACAGUGCUGCUGCCAUUCGACCUAAAUCCCCCACCCAGGCUGCCGCUCGAGAUGGAGGAGCUAUUCCCUGCAGGUACCGAGGAUAUAGACUUUGCCUCGGUUCAACGGGAGGCGAAUGAGGUAACCCUGGCCAUGCAUCGCCAGGAAGUGCCUCUUGUCAACGCCUUCCUGACUGGGGUAAAGAUUGAUGCGGGGGAGCUCACUCGGACCAAGGCCACGGACUUCUCCGAUCGGGUCCAGAAGACGGUGCUCUCUACCGCCAAUGCUUUUGGGGAUAUGUACCUCACCCUAGCCAGGGCGGAGAGAGAGGUGGACUUGGUGAGACGCCAUUCUAAGACAGCCAAGGCUGCUACCGUCGAGGCUCAGGCUGCCAUCCGGGAGAGGAAUGUGCUGCAGUUGAAGGUGGGGAAGCUGGAGCAGGACCUAAAGGAGACAACCCGGUAG